CAACCUUCCUUUGUCUUAAUCAGCCAGACGGCAUAAUGCAAAAGCCAAAACGAAAUAUCUUACUGUAUUUUGAAGCUCUGUGCUGUUCUAUAGCAGGAGGCAAUGGGGACGAUAAUGAUCAGCCUCCAAAUUCCAAUAAAGACACGUAAAUCGGACACUCGUCACCUUGCAUGGCCUCAACCCUCUUCUUAUCUCCACCUUCUUUUGCUAUAUAUAUAGUAUUCCCAUGAUCAUCUUCCCAUCAAGUACUGUUAAACAUGGAGAUCAAAAAUAAGCUGUGUUUGGUUGUCUUGGUUUUCUCUGUCUUGCUCGCUGUGAGUAGUGGUGUGGAUUAUAAAGAGAAGGACCCCGAGCUGCGGCAGUGCCAGCACCAGUGCCAACACCUGAGAGGAGCUGAUGAGCAACAGAAGCAAAUCUGCGAGCAGCGAUGCGAUGAUUACAUCAAGCAGAAGAAGCAGGAGGAGAAGCAGAGGAGGGGAGAAGGAGGAGGUACUAGUUUUUAUGGAUAUGAUGAGGAUCAAGAACAGUAUCAGGGGCAACAGCGACAGCAACAGCAAUAUGACCAGAAUCCCUACUUCUUUGAAGAUCAGGAUUUUGAGACCAUAGUCGAAACUGAUCAAGGCCGAGUUCAGAUUCUUCAGAAGUUCACUGAGAAGUCUGAUCUUCUGCGCGGCAUUCAGAAUUUCCGGAUUGGUUCUCUUAUCACCAACCCUCACUCUUUUGUUGCUCCACAUCAUCUUGAUGCCGACUGUGUUUGCUUCGUCUUCCAGGGGCGACCAACCAUUAGCAUGGUGAGAGGUGAGAAGAGAGAGAGCCAUAACCUUGAACGUGGAGAUAUACUCAGGGUUCCAGCUGGUACUCCUGUUUAUAUCAUCAACAGAGACGAAAAUGAGAAGCUGUUUAUUGUGAAACUCCUCCGCCCAGUCUCGCUUCCUGAUCAGUUUGAGGCAUUCUUUGGGGGAGGUGGUGAGAACCCGGAAUCAAUUUUCAGAGCUUUCAGUCCGGAGGUACUUCAGGCGGCUUUCAAGGCCGGAAGAGAUGAGCUACAGAGGCUUUUCGGGCAGCAGAGGCAAGGAAGCAUCAUGAAGGCCUCCAGAGAACAAAUUCAGAAGAUGAGCCACAGUUCUGGUGGCGCCGAAAAGAUUUGGCCUUUCCAUGGUGAUGAGCCAUUCUCAACAUCAACGAAAUCAGGCCCGUUCAACCUCUUCAAGAAGCGCCCUUCUCAGUCGAACCAACAUGGACAUCUCUUUGAAGCUGAUUUCAAUGACUACAAACAGCUCGAGGAACUCGACAUCCAAAUCUCUUUCGCCAACAUCACUCGAGGGUCCAUGGUUGCUCCACACUUCAACUCCAAAUCCACCAAAAUCUCCUUCGUUCUGGAUGGUGAGGGCUUCUUCGAGAUGGCAUGUCCCCACCUUGCGUCCCAAGAAAGCUCCCAAAGACAACAGCAACCUCAGCGGAGGAGCAGCAGCCCAAGCUACCAGAAUGUGAGAGGGGACUUGAGACGUGGAACCGUUUUCAUUGUCCCCGCCGGCCAUCCGGUCACCGCCAUUGCCUCGAGGAACAGUAAUCUGCAAAUCCUCUGCUUUGAGGUGAAUGCCAAGGACAAUGUGAAGAUCCCUCUGACGGGAAAGAGCAAUGUGGUGAGUCAGUUCGAGAGGGAAGCAAAGGAGCUCGCGUUCGGUGUUCCGGUGAAAGAGGUGGACCGCAUCUUUAACAAGCAACAGGAUCAGUUUUUCUUCGAGGGACCGAACAAUCAGCAGCAGGGUCGUAUGUGGUCAGUGGUUUAGUAUUAAGCAGAAGGAAGGUGUUCGACGAAGUCCUGGUAAUAAGUGACUGCUGCAGUUUGAGGUUGCUAAUGCUAAUAUGUAUAUUAAGAGUACUUGGUUCUAUGACUGAGAGGUGAGAAAGUAAAUAUGUCCAGUCUUCCAAUGUAGCUAUAGGGUUUAAGCACCCUUAAAUAA